AUGGGAGACGACGUCCGACAGGCCCUCCUCCAGCUCCAGCAGCGCGGCCAAGACGCCUCGCGCUCCCUCUCGGCCGUCCGCGCCCAGCUCAACGCCCGCGAGCGCGACGCCAAAAUCACCACCCUCACCCUCCGCGAGAUCGAGGUCCUCCCGCGUGAGCCCGGCGGCGCAACCUGCUACCGCGGCGUCGGCCGCAUGUUCGUCCAGGAGUCGCGCAACAACGUCGAGAACACGCUGCGCGCUCAGGCCAAGGACGCCCAGGACGACAUGGCCGUCCUCGACAAGAAGGCAAAGUACCUCGAGAACGAGAUCAUGACGGCGCAAAACUCGCUCAAGGACAUUCUGCAGAACCAGUCGGCCGACCGGUAGCCGCUGUCAGUCGUUCCUCCUCUCGCUGUACAGCCUGUAGCACCUCGCCUUCGUCUCGAUCCUCUCUCUCGCACCCGCAACGCCGUUCGAUACCCUGCAUCUC